UCUUCCCGCUGGUUAGCGCAAUGCAAAUGUGCUACAAACUGUUGACAUGGCCAAACCGAGCCAGCAGCAGAUUGACUGGACCAGAGAAGACCACAACUCGUUUCUCUCGAGUCUCCUCACGUUUUGGACGACUUCUUUCAACUCUUGUUUUACUCGUCGUGACCCAGGACAAAGUUGCAUUUCUGUUCGACUUGUUUGCUUAUCGUCUCUUCUGUUACUCGUCUCAUGUUUUCAUCUCGUGGGUCAGAGGUGCAAAGAUCAUGGAGGACAUCCUGAACAUGCUGUUACUUCCCUCUACUGUUUCCUUGGUAACUUGUGUGGGUUCACUGGAGCCAUUUUGUCCAGACAGCUGCACAUUCAAGUUUUUAUGGGGCUUAUCUCUGCUUCCCUGGAUAUGGUAAAUGUUAUCUCCUGGUGUUUUUGCAGGAACUUGCAAGCAGAGAGAAGGCAAAGAAUGAUCAAGAGGCGCAGGAGAUCUCACCUACUUGCAGUUUGUCUGCUGGCAGUACUCACAGGAGGUUUCCUGAAGUCAGGUGUCCUCCACAGUCCAGCAGCAGACGGGGUCUUCAGAGGGAGGAGGCUGCUUUAUGUUGCCCUGCAAAACAACACUGAAAUCUUGGGUUACACCCUUGGCCUGGUGUCUUUUGCCAUCACCUCUACCUCCAAGUUCCCCACACUUUACAGAGUCCACAGAGGAAAGACACUGUCAAGAUCUCAUAUUUUCUCUGGAGUGCUGUGUCUGCUGGCGGCUGCCCUUUAUGCUGCUGCCAUUCUUCACUACGAUACUCGGAUCAGCUUCCUCCUCAGGGUCAUGCCUUGGCUGCUGUCUGCAAUCUCUGGUGCCUCACUGGAUCUUCUUACUAUAGUCCUCCACUGGUGUCACUUGGGAACGAGGCAGCAGCCUAUGAUAUUUUCUGCAGAAAUGGAGAGCCUCCUCAGUGACUCAUACCAGGACAAAGCUGUCGGCAAGCAUCAUGGUAAACAGGGCAAAAAUUUCAAUUUGACCGAGAUGAGCCUCUAUAUGGACGUCAGUAUUGACACUACAAAACAAAUGUACCUCAGAGAGGCAACAGUGUGUGGGAAGGUAGUAGACACCAAGGUUCUGAGCAGGACAGGCCCAAUGUGGGAUUUUGAAGAGGGAAAUGCACAGUGGAGUGAACCAAAUGCAAAACCCCAAAAUGGAGAGGCGUUCCCCUUGCAAGAAUGGCCAAGCAACCCCAAACCUUUUAACAUACGCACCUAUGCCUCAUGUAUACUCCCUCAGAAUGGCGUGUCCUGUAACGAUUCUAUCAGCCAGUCCAAAUGAUGAAAAAAUGUCAUCACCAUGCACCUAAUCGGAUUACAUUGCAUGUGUUGUGUAUA